AAGAAAGAAAAAGAAGAAAGGAAGGAAGGAAGGAAGAAAAAGAAAUCCCCUUUAUUUUUGCAUUCCUCAAAACCACACAGAUUCCUCAGUUUUUUUUUUUGGUUUUUUUUUUUUUUUUUUUGGUUUGUUUUGGUUGUUCUAUUGAAAGGCAAAUGCUUAAGCAGAGACAAACCAGUAUGUUCCUAGAACAGUUCAUUUUUUUUUCUUUCAAGAUCCCUGGAGUCCAAUACUGCAAUUAUGUUUCAAGCUAAAUUGUAGUCUAAUGUAAACUAUGUUCUAAUGCAUAAAGCUAAAAUAUUAGAACCUAUUGUUCAGAAUUAGGAGAACUCUCCAUCAGUGGUAAGCACAGACUCCCUGACUACUCAAAGUUCUACUGGAGUUAUUAUCCCUCCUUCACUGCCUGUCUCCAUCCCUAUCUUGCACUGCAUUCAGAAAAGAGCUGCCGAAUGAAUCUGUGAUGAAAUCCACCUGUUGUGCCUGUGGGAGGAAAUUUCCGCAGUGAAUUAUCUGAUGGAGAAAGCUCUGGUCCAGAUGAGAACCAUCCAUUUCAAAGACAAAACAGCUCGUCAGGGUCCUCGGCUCCACCGGCAUCCCUAUCUGAAAAUGCGCCACCCGCGGAUAACAAUCUAUUUUAUCUACACUGGGUUGACGGAAAUACUACUGGCUUGCAUACAGUACUUUUAUUUCUAUUUAUGUAUUUAUUUUUUAUUUAAAGAUUUUAAGUCAUCUCUACACUCAAGGUGGGGCUGGACCUCACACCCCGAUAGGCACCACCGAGUGAGCCAGCCAGGCGCCGCUAACAUAAACUUUAAAGAAACUGCCAACGGCCUGGGUCUUGACAGCACGCCUCCUGGAGCAAGCGAGCGCCAGGCUCGCAGUCUGCGGAGGAGCACGCCGCAGGCCCCAGGGCACCCGCUCCGCCGGGGCGAACCCGGCAGGCCGAGCGGAGCCAGCUCCGCCCGCAGAGACCGCGACAGGAUACCCCGCCCACCUGGGGGAAGGAAGACCGUGAGCAGCACAGCACAGCGGCGCGCCGAGGCCAGCCCGGGAGUCUGCCCGGCGGAGGAGGCCCGUGCCCGGCGGAGCAGGCCCGUGCUCGCCGGACAAAGGCGGAGCGCGGCCACGCCCACGGGGCGGGGCCUCAGCCGGAAGCAGCGGGCUGGCACGCGGGCCCGUCGCCUAGGCAACGGGAUCGUCUGCGCAGGGCUUUUCAGAAAGCCCGAAUUCGGGAACUUAGGGUGGGGAGAGAGGCCGGGGGGGGAGGGGCCCGGACCCCCGGGACCGGACGCCUGUCCCGCCCCGCUUGGGGUGGUCUUUCUAAUGAGAGCGGAUCCUAGGGCACAGUCGGGAAGGGGUCGGGAUCCCCCGCCCUCUGUGGGAGCCCAGUCCGGAAAGCAGCUCCCCUCUUGGGCCCCUUUGUCUCCAAGCCGCUCUGCACCGGACUCCGGCCGUCGACACAAAGGGAAGACGGUGAAGACCGCGCAGGCGCGCGAGCCGCUAAGGUUGCUGGGAGCGGUGGUCCGGCCGCCUAAUGAAAUCCUGAAGGAACUGGAUGAGUAUUAUGAGAAAUUGAAACGCGAGACAGACGGCGUCCAGAAGAGGAGAGUGUUGCACUGCAUUCAGAGAGCCCUGAUUCGGAGCCAGGAGCUGGGCGACGAGAAGAUCCAGAUCGUGAGUCAGAUGGUGGAGCUGGUGGAGAACCGGACCAGGCAGGUGGACAGUCACGUGGAGCUCUUUGAGGCCCAUCAGGAGGUCAAUGACACCACUGGCCACAGCGGCAAAGCCGGCCAGGAUAAGUCCAAGAGCGAGACAAUCACUCAGGCGGAGAAGACCAAUAACAAGAGGUCCCGGCGACAGCGCAACAACGAGAACCGAGAGAACGCUGCCAAUAAUCAUGACCAUGAUGACAUCACCUCAGGAACGCCUAAGGAGAAGAAAGCAAAAGCCUCCAAGAAGAAGAAACGCUCCAAGGCCAAAGCUGAGCGGGAAGCGUCCCCCGCAGACCUUCCCAUCGACCCGAACGAGCCAACCUACUGUCUGUGCAAUCAGGUCUCCUAUGGAGAAAUGAUCGGCUGUGACAAUGACGAGUGCCCCAUCGAGUGGUUCCAUUUCUCCUGCGUGGGACUGAAUCACAAACCAAAGGGCAAGUGGUACUGUCCCAAAUGCCGAGGGGAGAACGAGAAGACCAUGGACAAGGCCCUGGAAAAAUCCAAAAAGGAGCGGGCUUACAACAGACUCAAGAACAUUAACCAAAGGGGAAACUUGACCAAGCUGCAGAAGGGAAGGAUGAGAAUGGAAUGUGUGAGGACAAUCCUGAGAGAGUUUGUGGGGUUUAUUCCUAUUACUUCAUACUGACAAGUCAUCGGAACGUUCAGCAUCAAGCACAUUAUUCUCACUUAGUAACCUCGAACAGGACAUACCGGUGUGGCACAGAUCUCAACAAAGUUCCAGUUCUUGCCACUGAGUCUGCGGUGCAACCUACUUUUUGAAAAAUACAACUAAAUAGACCACAGAAAAGCAAAUUGGACCUAGAGGCAAAAACUCAAUGUGGCAGGAUCGUUGGGGUCAUGGCUAAUGUCUUGAGGAAGCGACAUACGUGAAUGGAUUUGCUGAUUUUAUUUCUUCCUUUGCUCCUAGAAGGUUACUUUGUAGUAUGACUCUUAGAACAAUUUUAUUGAUAUUUUUUAAUAUCUGGCAUAGGAGAGAAGCUGACAAAUGACAUAUAUGGGCUGUGCACGGGUAAAAGAUUGUUCCAUCACCAAAAGCAUUACAUUCCCCUCGACAACAGGGCAGCUUGGGAUCUUAACCGUUGAGGGUGCCAGGCCAGUAUUCCUUAAGCACAGAAGAAGCAAAAGGUCAACCCCAGAAGUAAAGAUGACAAUAAAAUCAAACAUAAUAUUGAGAGAGUUGGUAUGCUCUGUCUGCAGAAGCCACAAAAAACUUGUGAUCAAGAUGCUGGACCAAGCCUCAAACACUAAAAAAGCUGGAUAUAUUUCAUAUGAGGGAGGGAAAAGGUUUUAAAUCUGUACCUAAGAGCAAACACAAGAAAGGAGAUUCCCCCCAAACAAAGCAACUUAGAGUAGGUAUAGGAGCUGCUGAAGAGGUACGCAGGCCACCAAGCCUGGCCGCUCAUGCGGUGCCCGCUGCCGGCCCCGUGGAACUGUGAGGAGCGGUGAGGACCCCAAGCCCAUCGAGACAUCUUCCCCGGAACUUUUUUCUGGAGCUACCAGGACAAUGACUUUUCCAUUGGGACUGCUGAGGUGUGAGAUUUGGAUCUGGGGCUUCUGGGGCUUGCCUUGUGCACCAUGUGGAGAAAGUCAUCCUGGAAGAUGGAGGUAAACAUGGUCCUUGAUGGCAUCGUUCAAACCCCUGGGAUGGCCAGUAUGGGGGUCAAGAAACCCUUUUGUUCUUAAGCUACUUCAGGUUGGGUUUGUACUAACCGCCCCCGUUGCCCGACCCGGCUCACCUCCCCAACGACACAGCUCCAUCUGUCUUUACAGAUUUCUUUCUAGGAUAUACACACGCCUCUGCGGUGGUUUUGAAACCACAAAUUUAUCACUCCUCCCAUCAAAGGCAGGGCCUAGUUUGCCUCCCCUGGCCUCUGGAUGAACCUCCGGCCUGGCCUGGGCUCACAAGGAGAGCACCACAACCGCGACGCCCCGAGAUUUCCCAGCUGAUGGUGGACAAGGCAACAUAGCUUCUGGGCGAACCCCGUCCGUGGAGCCUCACCCUUGGGACACAGCCUCCCACAAAGGCCACACGGGUGUUCCUGCCACAACCUCAGCUGAGUCCCCUGGGCAGCCAGGGCUGCCCGACUCAGCCACCAGACACAUGAGUGAGCCUGCAGGCGGUUCCAAGUCCAGGUGACACCCGAGUGCGCAGAGAUGAGCUGUCCACAUCUCCCAAGCCCUUCCCAAACCACAGGUGCCAGAGCAAAUUAAUUUGGGGGUGGUUUGUUACAUAGCCAUAGGUAACCUAUGCAAACAUACAGUUUUGCCUUGCUUUGUACCUAAAUGGCAUCAUAUCCUAUGUAUUGAUCUUACGCUAGCUCAUUUUUUUCCUUUGUAACACUUUGCCCUGGAGCUCUUUCCAUGUCACUACAUAUAGAUUAAUUAACCUAUAAUUAACUACUGCAAAUAAUUCUGUCCUCAUUUAUUUAAACACUCCUCUGUUGAUCAACAUUUAGAUUGCUUCAAAUUUUCUUAUUGCAAGCAAUUCUAAGAUAAAUAUCUCAUCAUGCACAUGUGUUUUUCUCUAUGAUACAUAGAGAUGAAAUUGUAAUAGAAAAACCUCACACUUUUUAUCUUUCUGCCAAAUUGCCCAAAAAGCUGUGCCCUUUUACACUCCUACCAGCAGUAUAUGAGCUUACUUACUUCCCCUUAUCUUUAUCAUCAUUUUUUUUUUUUUCCUAUUGGGUAGGAAAAAUUUUAUUAAGCAAGACACAAAAUGCACUAACAAUAAAAGUAAUGGUUGAUAAACUCAAUUACAUUAAAGCUUAAAACUUCUGUUCAUCAAACACAACCAUAAAGGAAGUUCCAAACUCAUUUGCUAUAAAAAACUGAGAAAAGACAUUUGCACAUACACACAUAAUAGACGAAAGA